GGGGGGGGGGGGGGGGGGUGUUCAAUGCCCCCCUUAUCAUCCUCAAGGAAAUAAAUCACAGGAAGACAAUAGAGGAGUUUCACAACCAUGAUGGAACCUUUGGUAUAGGGAUACACCGUGCAGUUCAUGAGGAUAUAUAUGAGACAAAGGCAGAAUUGUCAGCCGUAGCUAGUAGGGUAACCGAAAUUUUGGAGCUAUUUCAUGAGUAUGUGCCGGACUACCGUGAUUUGAAACGUAUCGUCACGUAUAUGGACCAGAAAAUAAAUAGUGCCAAGGAUGAGUGCGUAAGAAGAGUUCUUCAAAAAACGAGACUGUUAGACAAAUGCAAUGGGGAGGGCAAAAGUGGGGCAAAUUGCAAUAAGGGGGAGCAUGCACAAGGCAGCGGAUCUAAACGGUGUAUGAAUCCCGGGUAAAAAAUUGGAACAGAAAAUGAAGACGUCACCAAAAAACCUCCUGCCGCACGACGUCUUCCUAUGGUGCGAGAGAUGGGAUUGAGCACACCAACGAAGCACAGCCCGACAAAAUCAGAAUGUUCUAGCAGCCCUGGAGGGAACCAGGCACAGAAGAAGACCAUGAAGCAGACGUCGGCGAAAAGGCCUGCAGAAAAUGUUCCAAUAGCGCAUCGGAAGAUGAUGUUUAAAAAAGCAGUUGACCGGCAAAGACAAAUUGACGAGAUAGUGGUGGAGAGGAGGUUCACGGCCGGACCAUUUUGCCUCCAGAGACCCCUACCCCAAUCAGAUGUCCGAUUGAUUGAUUACGUGUUCAUGGGGGGGAAAGAAACUUCUGCGGAGGAAAAUGAGACUCUGGUGGCCGAAUGUGGCGAUGGUAGGGAAAGAAUGGUUAGGAGCGCACUUAAAACUCUAGCACCUGACACUCCAAUCGUGAAUGAGGUAAUAAACUUCAUAUGUGACUUCAUGUCGAGAGAUAACCCAAAUGCUUGGUACUUGCCGACAUGGUUUGCGACCGCUGCAAACGCCCCCGUUGCCCCAGGUGUGUCAUAUCACAGUAAGAAAUUAGAUACGAGGAACGUAUGCAACAUGUGGCGGUUUGAGGGCCGGAUUGAUACUUGCGAAAUGGUAUUCAUCCCCGUACACCUCUUGUCGGGCAACUGGUUUCUCAUCGUUGUGCAUGUAAGGAGGCGUGUGGCUGAAGUGUGGGACAGUGCGCCGGGAUUUACAGGGGCAGCCACUGCAGAGAGGAUGGCUGUCAAUACUCUGCGAUACUUGCGCGAUGUACAUUUUCUAUUCACACCCCUAAGUGGAACCAACCACCCCCAUGACUUUGCGGAAUAUGAGAUAUUAUUUCCAGUCAAUGCUCCAGGACAGAGAGGAGGACGGGAAUGUGGGAUUUAUACAAUCCAGAACAUGCAGUACUAUGGUCAAGUGUGGUGGGACGGGUAUGAUGGAGCAGAACAUAGGGCAUCGAUCUUGUUGCAGUGUAUGAAGUAUCCGGCAAAUGAAUCUCAUAGAUGGAUUCAGGAAAAUGCGGAUGACUUAUACUAUGGCAGGGUUCCCCCUCCACUAGUGCAUGCUGGUGAAAACCUCAAUGAUAAUGGAGACCAUUCUACUGACACGGUGGAGAUUAUUGGAGUGAAUAUUUACAAUCCAAUCAUCAAUUUAGAAGAUUCGGCGGAUGCUGCUGGAGAGGGAGAGGGGGUGAGGCGGGAGAUGGAGGGUCAGCUUGCAGGAGACGUGCGGGAGGACCACUACGACACACAGUUCGAACUCUCCAUGGACCAGUCAUUGUCAUCUAAGUGAUUUGGGGUAUUUGGUUAUGGUUGCAAAGUCCGAAUAAGGUGAACUUUGCAUUUUUGAUGGUAUUAUGUGUAGUUUGCUGGUAUAACUCCAUUAGCCACACCAACAUGAGCAUUGAGUGUUGCGACUUACGGUUGCAAGGUGGAAUGAACAAGGGUGAAUUCAGCGCGCUCGUCGCAACACUACAUGCUCAUGUUAGGCUAUGAUGAUGGACCUUUUGGUAUUAUUGUUACAUCUGUAAUGUGUAUGACAUUACUAUGUUAAGGACUGUCAAAACUUAAUGCUGUUGUUUUGCCAUGAACAGCCUAGGUAAUUUGUAUUCGAUAUAACUUGUGGUUUUGAUUUUAUAUCCAGUUCUGUAGGGGUUGGGGUGUGAUUAAUAUAACUAUGAAUGCUGGU